UUGCCUUGAUAAGUUCAUCGUGCGAGGUGUUGCGCGAAGCGCCUCUGUUGCAUCAACGACGAAUCAAUCAUCUCGCAGUCACCGUUCAGCAAGAUGUACCUCCUUCACUGCGUGCUGGUCAUCCUACUUGUUACAGUUGCGGUGGGUGGCGACAUGCUAAGGAAAAGCAUCGUGUUCGACAAGGCGACUCCUGACGUCUUCUACUGCCCUGUCGAGAAGCUCAUGACUUUCGACAAAAUGUACGUCAGGGCGAGGCCUCUCAAGAAACUAUGCGAAUUCGACGGUGAACGGUUACCCGAUGACUACAAGAGCGACUGCUACAACGAUGUUGACGAGUCCGAUUUUGCGUGUCGAGAAAAGAAACGCAUCAUGAUGCGGAUGGACGACGAAGAAGCAGAGGCUCUGAAAUCUUACGCUGCGCAAGUCAAAAUCGAUCACGCAAACGCCCUCUAGACAACUUAGUAUUCAUUUAAUGUUGCUACCGACCAGCUUUAAUAUUUUAGAUUCGGUCCAUGAAAUUCGAUACAAUGUAUCAAUACUGCGUAUUAUUAAGACUUCUAAAUUGGACCAAAUUCAACAUGUACUUCACCAGCUGCCUAUUCAUACUUUGAAUAGGCAGCUCUUCUUUCAAAAAGUAGUAUCAAAGCGCUAGUAAUAUGUUACUUGAAAAUUUUUCUUCAAAAGAUUUUUAUACUUGCCUAAAUUAUGAUAUUAUUUCUGCAAUAGAAGAGCGAUAAGAUGAUUUUCGAGAACAUUUUCCUCUUUUCACGCGGACCAUGUGCAACUUUAUUUUAGUGAUGGGGAUUUAAUAGAUUUAUUUUAAAGUAGAGCAUGUGUAGUGUUUAUUGUGUACACUCUAAUUGAAAAACAUCCUAGCGAAUAUUUUUAGCAUUGCCGCAUGUUGGCUUGAACACGGUCAACAGGUUUUCAGUGCAAUUUCCUUCAAAUGUAUAAUGGUAACAAUAACCUCAAAAAAACAUACAAAUUUCCAAGAAAUUUCACGUAUCAUAUUCAACGUAACGAUUGCACGUGCCUUACUAAUCAUUAAAUCAUGGUUCCGUAUUUCGAGCUUCUAUUAACGAUGGGCCACUAAUGUACAUCUCACACUGCGUACCAAAGUUACUUUCGUAUAGAAGAUUUUAAUAUAUCAAUGUACACAUCA